AUGCAAUAUCAGCUCCGGUUGGGCGAAAGCGAAGAAUAUCUGGUCUUAACAUUAAAAGGUGAUAAGAAGCGAUUUUAUCUUGCAGAAAUGUCUCGACUGAGCAUGCCAUGCACUUCCUCCUCCAACAAAUACACCAGGAAUGAUCCGAGGGCAAGGUGGUAUCUGGGCGUCCCUAUUGACUGUGGGGCCACCAUGGUUGUUGUGCAGGACGAUGACUACACAGUCGCCAUUGAAAAGCUUGAGAACGCGGGAUUCACCCGAACCAUUCCAAAUCGCACUCCUCCUCUGGAGGUCAUGGAGGGCCAUCCAAAUCCACAACAGAUGUUGGAGGAAAUAAAUGCUGGCUACAAACGCCUUGAUUGUUCUUGUGCAGUAUUUGAUUAUCCACAAGAUGAUCCAGCAGAAAAGAGUUUACAGGUGUACCUGUUUCCAAAUUCCUUUACACACAUUCCUCUAGGAGAGAUUUCUUACCCUCCAAACAACAUCACAUAUGCUGUGACCACAAACCAAUUUAAUAUCUACAAAAAUUUAAGAUAUCCACUAGAACAGGCACUGGUUGAAAGCUUUGUUAUGGCUGCAAUUGAUGAAGAAACAGAGUCAGGUUAUUCUGCGUGGGGCGAGUCAUUGAGAUCCUGGAUAUCCAUGAUGACAGGAUAUCUAGAGGUCAAUAAUGAUGUUCUUGAUCAUUGUUCAGAUAAGCAGGCAGUGGAAUGGUAUAGUACCAAUUUUGGUCGAAUCCAUGAGGCCAAGUUUGGUCCGAUGGAUCGACGCAUUUCGAAACGCCUUGGCUCAGGCAAAGAGCUACCAAUAGUUAUAGGUGGGUCGGGUUACGGCGUGGUUGAACCCAACCCUCACAAUAACCAGGUUAUAUGCGGAGGCGCAGUUACUCAGCCAUCAACACCACUAGAUCAAAGAAUAAGAAGAGAAUAA